CAAAUAUAUAUAUAUAUAUAUAUAUAUAUACACGUAUAUAAUUAAACUGUUCAGCUAGUUCUGUAAGAUCCAGAUAAUAACAUGCGGCGUAUUUGCUUAACUGUGUUGAUAGGUUUGCCAGGUACCUGUAAAACCACUUUCAGUGAACAUUUGAUUGCGGCAAAAUUUAAUGGGUUUAAUACCUUGCACUUUUGUUACGAUGAUUUCUUUGCUUUUAAUACGGAAACAGUACAUACGCAAACUUAUUAUAAACUGCAACGAAACAAUAUUCUUCAAACAUUACAGUCGGUAAUUCAAAUUUUAAAAUUUGAAGAAGACGCUGGAAAAACGUUAAAGGGAUUUUCGAAACUAUCUUUAAGCUUAACUGAUAACAAUGAGAAUUAUGUAAUUAUUUGCGAUGAUAAUCAUUUUUUUCGAAGUAUGCGUUAUAAACUUUACCAACUGGCACGACGUUACAGCUUAUCUUAUGUGCAAAUAUACUUUGAAUGCGACCUUUCCAAGGCCUUGGACAGAAAUAGGAGUAGACCAGCGAAUAGCAGAGUACCACCAGAAAUUAUACACGGAAUGCAUAAGAAAUUAGAAUGUCCCAAGCCAAAUAGCCACACAUUUGAACGCAACACUUUGAUAUUGGAAGAUUAUCGAGUGAAGGCAAUCGACUGCUUGGUUUUGCCGUUUUUAAUAAAUUCUUUUGCCAAGCCCUUAAAGCCUUUGGAAGGAAUGGCUGUAAACAGCCCCAGCGAUCAAUCAGUAGUUCACCAUUUAGACAUAUUAAUAAGAAAACGAAUAAAUCAGCUAAUAACGGAUAUUAGUGAUAGGGAUAAACGACGAGAUCGUGCAGAAUUUUUAAAUAACCGUCGCAAAAAUUUAUUAAAUGAGUUCACGCAAGAACUGAAUCAACCAUCGCAGAUUUCUAGCGAUCCCAAAAAUUUACUAACAAAGUAUAUUAAUAAGUUGUAAUAAGAAGCUGAAAAAUUAAAUAUAGAUUAAAUAGCAAUUAUUAAAUGGAAAAGGUUUAUUUGAAGAUAUAUUUUAUUGAAAUACA